UGCAAUAGUCUAUCCUUAAUGAUGUCAUAAAAUGUGUCAUUUGAUCAAAAACGUUUUGCACUAAGGUGCUCUCUUUUGUCUUGUACACAAGUUACUUGAUAAAUCUGGAUUAUGGCGAAGAGUAUGAAAUGGCUGUGGGAUUACAGAAAUUAUGUGAUCACCAUUACGACACCUUUUCUGAUCCUGCCUCUACCUCUUAUUGUCAACACUUCGGAGGCUAAGUGUGGCUUUGUGUUCAUCCUGAUGAUUAUGUACUGGUGUACAGAGUGUCUGCCACUGGCAAUAACUGCUCUCCUCCCUGUUAUGUUCUUCCCUAUGAUGGGCAUCAUGACAGCUGAACAGGUCUCUAUCCAGUAUUUCAGUGAUACUACCAUGCUGGGAGCUGGUGGGUUGAUAGUGGCCAUAGCUGUAGAAGAGUGGAAUCUCCACAAACGCCUAGCCUUGGCCAUGGUUCUGGUGGUGGGGGUGAAGCCAGCAUUGUUAAUGUUGGGGUUCAUGAGCACCACAGCCAUCCUCUCCAUGGGGAUCUCUAACAUAGCCUCUACAGCUAUAAUGCUACCCAUUGUGCGUGCCAUGAUGGAGCACCUCAGUAAGACUGAGGCAGAGGUCGAAGUGAGGGAGCUACAGCAGAACAGGGCCAUGAGGAUUUCACAAGUCCAAGAGAGCAAGGACGGAAUCUGCAACAUUCAGGUGGAGCCAAGUCCUGAGGAACUGUUAAGCGCUGAGCAGAGGAGGCUAAAGCACGACCAGAAGUUUCUGAGUCUCACAAAAGGAAUGAGUAUGAGUGUGUGUUAUGCUGCCAGCAUCGGCGGUACGGCCACACUCACCGGCUCCAUCCCCAACCUCAUACUCAAAGGCCAGAUUGACAAGACAUUUCCAGAGAAUGGGGAUGUGAUCAACUAUGCCUCCUGGUUUGGAUUUUCCUUCCCCAACAUGGUGCUGAUGUUGAUCCUCUGUUGGCUAUUGCUGCAGUUCAUGUAUUUGGGCUUUAAUAUGAAAAAAACGUAUGGUUGUGGAAUGAUCAGGAGCAGUCAACAAGAGGCCUAUCAGGUAAUAAAGUACGAGUUCAGAAAGCUCGGCAGCAUGAAUUUUGCAGAGUCCUGUGUGGUCAUGCUUUUCAUACUGCUGGUUCUGCUGUGGUUCACGAGGGAGCCUGGCUUCAUACCUGGCUGGGCCUCGCUACUCUUCAAUCAAGAAAAAAAGUUCGUGACAGAUGGCACAGUCUCCAUUUUUGUAACCUUUAUGUUUUUCAUAAUACCCUCCAAAUUUCCAAGAUGUUGGCAUGCUGGUUCUUUAGAGAUAACUGGCGGGGGUGAAGUAAAGACUCCUGCCAGCCUGCUAAACUGGGAUGUGGUGCAAAAGAAAAUGCCUUGGAACAUCCUGCUGCUGUUGGGGGGAGCUUUUGCACUUGCUAAAGGCAGCGAGGUAUCCAACCUGUCUUUCUGGCUUGGACAAAAUCUCCUGCCUCUGGGGAACAUCCCUCCAGUAGCUCUCUCCUUUGUGCUGUGCCUUGUGGUGACUAUGCUCACUGAAGUCUGCAACAAUGCCGUAAUCAGCACUGUUUUCCUGCCUAUUCUGGCUUCCAUGGCAACUGCCCUUAAGGUACAUCCACUGUCCAUCAUGCUGCCCACCACCAUCAGCUCCUCAUUUGCCUUUAUGUUCCCAGUGGCCACACCACCCAAUGCCAUUACAUUCAACUAUGCCAACCUCAAGAUUAUGGACAUGGCAAAGCCUGGACUUGUACUGAACCUGCUGGGCGUAGUCUGCAUUAACUUUGCUGUCCAGACUUGGGGUACAGCAAUGUUCCAUUUGAACGAAUUCCCUGCAUGGGCUAAUGUCACUACCUCCCAGACUCCAUAA